AUUGUUUGGGGUUGAACACAUGGAGUCACGGACUUCUCUCCUUCUGCGCCAGCUUUCUGGCCUGUCAAGCACGGCCUAAAUUCGAAUACGCUUCUAAAAUUAGCUAAAGGUGUCUGUUCCUCAUUUAGUUCCACCGAGUUUGUAGCCUCAGAUCCCUAUCGAACACGCAUGUCAAAGCCCAACAACAACUCUUGCCGAUGAUCACCCACCCUUGCGCACAGGAUUACCGUCUUCGUCCAGCCGUUCGCCCGGCCGGACCCAUGAUCCCUUGGAACACGACGCCAUCGCCAAUUCUCCAUCGCUAUGGAGAAGAACCAAGAUUCCCAAGUGAUCAUGGGCCGGUACAGGCUCGGCCGCCUUCUCGGCUGCGGCAGCUUCGCCAAGGUCUACAAGGCCCAUAACGUGUCCACCGGCGAGGCCAUGGCCAUCAAGGUGUUCGACAAGGAGGCCGUGCGGCGGUCCGGCACCAUGGAGCAGGUGAAGCGCGAGGUGGCCGUGAUGCGGCGCGUGCGCCACCCGAACGUCGUCCGGCUGCACGAGGUGAUGGCGACGCGCUCCAGGAUCUACUUCGUCAUGGAGUACGCCGGCGGCGGCGAGCUCUUCGCGCGCCUCGCGCGGAGCACGCGCUUCCCGGAGCCCGUGGCGCGCCGCUGCUUCCAGCAGCUCGUCACGGCCGUGGAGUUCUGCCACAGCCGCGGCGUGUACCACCGCGACCUCAAGCCCGAGAACCUCCUCCUCGACGCGCGCGGCAACCUCAAGGUCUCCGACUUCGGGCUCAGCGCGCUGGCCGCGGACACCUCCCGCCUUCGCGGCGGCGGCCUCUUGCACACCACCUGCGGCACGCCGGCGUACGUCGCUCCCGAGGUGCUCCGGAAGCGUGGCUACGACGGCGCAAAGGCGGACAUCUGGUCGUGCGGCGUGAUCCUCUUCGUGCUCAUGGCCGGCAAACUCCCUUUCAACGACGCCAACCUCCCCGUCUUGUACCGGAAGAUCACGCAGAGCGACUACAAGUGCCCCGAGUGGUUCUCCGUGGACGCGCGCAAGCUGCUCGCCCGGUUGCUCGACCCGAACCCCAGGACCCGGAUCACCAUCGCCAAGCUCAAGGCCAGGAGUUGGUUCCGGGAAGGAGCACCAUGCCCCCUCCUCAACGAGAAGCCGCUCGCCACGAGUGAAGAAGCCUCGGUGUUACUCGGCAAGGAAGGCGCCAGAGCCGGCCAUCACGACGAAGACGACGACGAAGAGAGCACCCGAAAGAGGAAAAGAUCCAAGGUGACAACGGCGUCGUCGCCAACCAUCCGCGUGAGGCCGUCGAGCAUGAACGCCUUCGACAUCAUCUCGCGGUCAAACGCGCUGGACCUCUCCAAGAUGUUCGACGAAGCGGAGCGCAGGUCGGAGGCCCGGUUCUCCACCAAGGAGACCACGACGGCGAUCGUCUCCAAGCUGGGGAAGAUCGCCGAGGCGGGGAGGUUCAGCUUCAAGCUCAAGGACAAGGCGAGGGUGGAGCUGGAGGGGAGCCAGGACGGGCGGAACGGGGCGCUGCCACUGGCGCUGGAGGUGGAGAUCUUUGAAGUGGCGCCGUCGGUGCACGUGGUGGAGAUGAGGAAGACGGGCGGCGACUCGCUGGAGUUCCGGGACUUCUACAAGCAUGAGCUGAAGCCGUCGCUGGGCGAUAUCGUGUGGGCGUGGCAGGGAGCGGACUCGCCGCCGCCGUCGCUCGUGCCUAGGCCAAACACGGAGUCCCGCUCCUGAUUCACCGAUGCGCUCUGUGUUUCAGCCGUAUCGAUGCACGUCCCUUUUGCAGUUGUUGGUCUGGUCUGGCCUGUGCUUUGCUUAGGCGAUCGCGCAUGCCUCUGUUGGCGUUUCCAGAGCAUGAAUCGAUAAUACACAACCUUGGAAUUUUAACUUUGGAA